AUGAAAGCGAUUGUACUACAAGGAGAACCCGGCAAAGCCGUCCUGGAACACGACCGACCUUACCCCCAACCACGAUCUGGCUAUGUUUUGGUGGACGUAAAAGCGGUGGCGCUCAACCCGACGGACUGGAAACACAUCGACUACCUCAACGUGGAGAAAGGAAUGCUUGCAGGGUGCGAUUUCGCUGGAGUCGUCGCGGAGACGGGCAAUGGCUAUUCGAAGCAAUGGAAAGUCGGCGACCGGGUCUGUGGCUUCGUACAGGGCGCCAACAAGUUGCAGCACGAAGACGGAGCUUUUGCCGAGAGGAUUGCGGUCAAAGCAGACCUCGCCCUGCGUGUUCCGGACGAUAUGUCCUUCGAAGACGCGGCCACGUUGGGCGUCGGUGUGGUUACUUGUGGCCAGGGACUGGUUUAUGAGAUGGGAAUGAAUCGGCCCAGUCAGAAGGAUCAAACUCCCAAGAACGAACACAUUCUCAUCUACGGCGGAAGUUCUUCCACGGGGGUGUUGGGGAUUCAGUUUGCGAAACUAGCCGGCUACAUUCCCAUCACGACGUGUUCGACGUCCAACUUCGACCUGGUCAAGGCACUCGGCGCCGCUGAAGCCUUUGAUUACAAGGACCCGAAAUGCGUCGAGAAAAUCCAGAACUACACCAACAACGACCUCAAAUACGUGUGGGACACCAUCGGCACCACGACUUCGGCCGAGUUGUGCAGCAAAGUUCUCUCCGCCGGCGGCACGUACGGGACGAUCGUGGCCUUGAAGUUUCCCCGGACCGACGUCAAGACCACCUGGUCCAUCGCGUACAGUGCCAUGGGCGAAGCAGUCCGGAGAAAACCCGCCUACGAUGCGCCGGGUCAACCGGCGCACUUUGAAUUCGCCAAAGGUUGGGUCGAGGAGGUCGAUCAGUUGUUGGCGCAGAAGAGGUUGAAGGUUCAUCAGAUUCGACGAGGAAAAGGAUUGGAAGAGGUGUUUGACGGAAUGGACUUGAUGAGGAAAGGGAAGGUCAGUGGGCAGAAAUUGGUCUACACCCUCUAG